UCUGUAUGUUUAUGAGUAUAUUUACGUAUUUCAGUGGCUGUAUGUUUUUUUGAGAAAUAAUUCGCUGGUAGCUUUUUAAGUUGCGAAUGAAGCAAUGAGAGCUUCUAUAGUACAUAGCACAUAGCAUGUACGUCAAUGAGACGCGUUCGCGCACUUCCAAACACUUUGUAGCGCAGAUUGAAACGGCGAUGCCGGCGUCUCUCUUGCCGGUGCGCUGUGCCCUAAGGACUGUGACUAAGCAGUACCCACCACUAAGUUUUACUCUUGUGGACGCCGUUUAAAGGCAGCGAAAACAGAUUCGACGCAACAGCUAUGCGACAAGAGCUGUACGUGGAGGAUUACUCUAAUACUUGUAUCAUUCAGUGAGAAGCGCAUCGGGAUAAUGUAGCGCCGGGUGGACUUUACACUUUACACACCGCAUAGCCGGCUUCUUAAAAUUGGUUACGGUAGGCGUCGCAUCGUUGUUAGACGGCAAACGUUAGUACAGUAUAAAUUUCUUACGUUGCCAGGUUCGGGUUCCGAAGGUUAGUGUUAAUCCACCCAGUAUUUAAUCUCAAAAGAACUUAAAAGUAAAAACACUUCAGCCCGUGGUGAAAAACUUGGAUACCGUUUUUAAAUUAAUGAGAUUGUUCAUUGCACCGAUGAUGGACCGCAUUCCAACCAGCGAAAACUGCUGCUACCGUCAACCAAAAGUGUCACCCAUUUACUUACUUCAUAAUAGAAUUCUUUCCUUAACAAUAAUAUUAUAAUAUUUGUAUAAAGCAGUUCAUACAAUAUGGCCGCGAGGAAUUAUGCGUAGUCAUACAUUCCAUGACUGCGCAGUCGUCAGCGAAGUAAGGAAGCGGCUGAUGCUGAACAAGCUGACGAUCGAAGCGUUGCUCACACAGCCGUCAAUGAAUGCUCCCACAAAUCCAGGAGCUGCGCAGUAGUUGUAUGUGUCUGUUAAUGUCAGUGAUGAUAAUGAGAGAAUCAGCUUUGUGCGAAGGAUGUCAUCCGCGACUUACGCCAUUGGAACAAUCCCUACGUCAAGCUGAACAGGAAGCCCAGGAUGGUCGGAUAUUACUGCCGAUGCUGGACGGGUUUUUACCCGCCGUGGAACAUGAGGUCGUGCGCGUGCCCAUCGGGACCACCGCGUCGUUUUAUUGUACGCCUCUGACAACGGGAAUUCCUGAUCCCGUCCAACUGGUAUGGCGACAUAACUACCUGACGAUCGCCGCCAACACCACUCCACCGUCGACGUCCGCAGAGUACUUCUACACCCACACGGUACACCAAAAUACCAGUUAUUUUUUCAUCCAUAACAUGACCUUUGAUGCCCGCGGCGACGUGGAUUGCCUGCAGUACAUCAAUAGUAGCGACGGACUACAAGUAAUUAAACACUGGGAGCUGAUGGGGAAAUUCCACUCGUCUAAACAAGUAUUUGCCGGCGAGAUGACGACGAUUCGAACACGCUCCACCCGAAUCUUCCAAGCUUCUGAAAUUGCCUUUACAUGCACGACAACGUUUAACUGUAUUUGCGGUACACGCACCCCCGAUUUUAUAUGGAAAGUGGAAGAGAAAUUCGCCAUCGUGCCCAAUGAACCACCCGGAAUGAAAGAGUUCUUGUUCGAAGCGUUUGACUCGAAGACCACUGACCUUUUAAAUCCGCUGGGUGUGUUGGUAUACAAUACUUCGUACGAAUGCCGACUGGCCGCUGAUCCCGAGCAAAUACGAUGCCGGAUGACUAUGCACGCCUACGAGUCUCUGUCACUUCGCGAUAAACCGUUGCUCGUCCAGUGCUGGGUGCAACCCGACCGUACCCGGAAUGAAUGGUUCGUCCAGAAAGCCACUUUUAAUAAUCUCGGGAAAAAGUUUAAUUUUUCAGUUUAUGCGAGUAGUUGAGCGAUGUCACAUUGAUUUUAUGAUUUACGGGUUACCAGUUUGGUCGCAUUGGUUGCAUCAGUUUGAUCAAUCUGUUAAUUUUUUCAAUAACCACCUUACCGAAAACGGUUUUCACGCCCUUGUACAAAAAUCAUCUGGCUCUACAAUUUCUUUUA